AUGCCCACGGGAGAGUCAGGGCACGCGCAUUUGGAAGCCACGGCGAGCCAGCAAGUUCUGUCUAGCCAGACGGGACACGAGUAUGGGAGCGAGAGCGAGGACAGCCGAGCAGUUGCGGGUACGGCACGGGCGAGCUCAGGGAUGGAGGUUGCGGACUCAGUCGGCCCACGGGAGGUACGGGAGGAGCGAGCGGAAGGAACGCGGACGUCCGGACACAGGUCAAUGGGAGGAUUUACGCGGCGAAGUGCGAGACUCACCGCGAUUGCCUGUAACCACGUCGCGGAAGGAACUGCGAGCGACUCUCAAGACCGAGGGCGCGCGGACGCGGAUUGGGCGGACGUGUGGCUAGGCGAGCGAGGUACUCAGCACAGAGGGAACCGGGGAGAUCAGAGGACAGAGGACAGGAGCGAGAAGACGGACAGUCGAACCGUGUCGAGUGCAAGCAUCGAGCGAACUCGCUGGAGCUUCGAGGUCAUGCCUGGCCGGAGGGAACGAGGGGAGACAGAAGAGUCCACGGAGUCCACAAGACGAGAAGCUGGAGUAAUCUACCACCCAGAUGUACAGCGACAGGGCGCAGACCAGACGAGUGCGCACAGAUGGACCGCGCAUAUCAAGGACGAGAACGGGCAUGCCAGGAGGGUCGGUACGACGGACAGCUCAAUAUACAUAUCGGAGCUUCCGGAGACGAGAUUCAGGAUCCUCGAGGACAAGCGCGGUGAGGUCGGGGAGAAAAUCGACAGGUAUUCGUGGCUGAACAAGAACCUUGGCGUGACGACUCCUGGCGUGGCUGAGCUAUGGUCUGGAUGGGUCGUUAGCGGGACGGUGGCCUCCCGGGUCAUGGGCGUGGUGCGCGUCUUCUGGCGUCUCUCUAUAGUGAUUGGGAUUUGCGUUGUGGGGUGCUCGGUGGGACCGACCGCGGCUUGGCGAUCCGCGGCACGGUACGAGGCCUGGGGACCGGAGAAUGGGAGGACCGAGGCUAGCGAGUAUCAGAGUCUACGGAGGACGGAAGUCAGUGGCGUCACGAGUGAUGUAGAAGACCGAACCAGGGCCACGGAGAAUGAGCGGAUCGAUCAAGCGCGGCGCAGACGGAAGAAGGGAGACCGCAGGCUGUGUGUAGGAGUUGAGCCCGAGGUCGUUGCGGAGGGAAGCGUCGGUUUACCCGGUGGCGAGGAUAACGAGUGGCGAGGUCUCGGACCGAUUAAGGGGGACGCGGAGUCGGUUCACCGGGACACCGAGUGCGGCGAUGCGGUGGGGACUAUGGUACUUCGAGUCAAACCGGGAAUACCAUCGGCGUGCGACGAGGCGAGGUCAGGCGAGUCAAGGAUGCAGCGGGCCGGCAUACAUGCGAAGAACGGAUACGUCCGGCGCCGUGUAGCAGUGGUAGACCCCCACAUCGGUGUCGACAGCAACCAAAGCCAGGACCAUGGGGAUUCAACAAACAAGGCGCAGGUAUCGGAAGGCGGAUGGUCGGGGUCGGUCCUCUCGGAAGCGGCGAGCGGUGGCGAGCUAGGCGACGACUUCGAUGCCGACGCGAGUGCCCACGAGUUACAACUUGAAGGGCUGGAACCGUGGGACGACCAAGCCGAGUCCGAGGAGGAAGACCACCUACAUCAGGACGGGGAGCCAGCAACGAGUCUAGACGAGGGAAGGGCGGGCACCGUGGUUGGACGAUCCGAUGGCGACGAGCGGCACUUACCGAGCGGGAGGGGGACCAGUGGCCGAGUCGAGGCGGACGUGGAAGCGACAGGCCGUGACGUGUCAGGGUACGCAUCUAGGGACAUCGUGCGGCAGCGAGACGAAGUCGAGAGGCGCGCGGAGGAUGGUCUACGCAAGGAGCGUGAGCAGGGACGAGACGACUCCGAGGACGUCGCGAGGGGAAAUGCCUACGAGGGGAGUGUGCAGUGCUGGGGCGCAAGCUUGGAGCUGAGUACGGGGGUGAUGACUCGCGAGCGUAUCGAUCAUUGCGAUAUCCUACCGUCAAGGGGGCUAGCUAACUCAGGAACAUCCCUGCAAAGGCAACGCGAAGAGGGACAGAUUGGGCAAGAAAGCGACAGACCCUGGGAACCAUUGAUAGCGGACGGGCUUGCACGGGCGCACGGGGAGAUGGACCAGGGCGCGAGCUUGCUGCCGAGUAAUGGGGAGGCUGAGCUAGCCGAUGAACACGCGGAGCGUAGCGAGACAAGGGAGGUAGUGAGACCACGGGAUCGCGUGCAGAAGCCAGGAGAGAGCGGACGUGUCGAAUGGGAGAGAAUGGCGGAGUACACGCAGGACGGUGAUUGUGUUGCUCUGGUCGAGGUGGACGAGUUAACCGGGGCUCGCAUGGACCGCAUAGACGUACCUCUGGACCGCUCCGCGGCGGACGAGUUGACGCAAACACAGGAAGACACGGACCAGGCCGCGAUAUUCAGAGCGGCAGAGUCGCAGGGUGCAGCCGAGCCGUCAGCACGCAUAUCGGGAGAGAGCGGACGUGUCGGGCGCGAGAGAAAGGGCAAGUGCGCGCAUGACGGGGAUGGGGCGACAGUUCUACAGGUGAACUCGUUCGGGACCAAGGUAGCCGAAGGACUGGUGGGCUCACCGGACACACCAAGGGGACGACACGUAACGGUGGCGAGGGAUGAUGCGCAGGCUAUCGCGGAAUCGGACGGGCAAGAGCUGGGACCUCAAGCAGGAUUCGUCGAAGCGGGAGAGGGGCAUGUACGAGCUCACGGUGACGUGAACCAGCUCGCGAGCUUCCAGCUGAGUAGUGGGGAGCCCGAGUUAGCAGAUGAACACGCGCGACAAAGCGAGACGCGGGAGCCAACGAGACGACGGGACCGAGCAAGGACAGUACCGCGCGAGCCAGGAGAGAACGAACGUGCAAAGUGUGAGGGAAUGGGCAGGCGAGCACAGGACGGCAAUUUCGAGGCCGUUUCGGAGGUCAACCUGGUCGAGAUAAGCCAGCAUCAGAGCGGAUCCUUACUGGGCCGCGCGGACGUACCGUGGCAACAAUGCAGCAGCCGUAGCUGGGGGCAUGCAGGCAGCAAGACGUACCAGGGCACGAGUGCCGAGCCGAAUAUGGAGGAGCGGGCUGACGAACGUACCGGCCGUGGCGAGACAUGGAGGGGGAUGAGACGGAUAGCUGCAGUGGAAGGGUCGCCGAGCGGGCCAAAGGACGCCAUGCACUCCAGGCGCGAACGGACGAGCAGGUACGGGGUGGAGGGCGAACACGAUGUGGCGCUACAGACAGGGUUGGUCGAGAUCAGCCAGGAAACCGUACUGCUCGCGGACUCAGCGAACGUACCUUGGCGAGGACACGCGACAGGCAGGCUCGGACACACGGGCAGUGAGAUCAGCGAGGGCGCGAGCUCUAAGCCGAGAAAAGGGGAUCAAGGCUGCGGACGCGAGGCUGCGGACCGUGAACUGAACGCACCGGUUGAGUUAUGGCUGGGAAGACAAGGGAGCGCGGACGCCGGUGGUCUUAAUGUCGGAGUGGGCACCCUCAAGCCCGAGAGUAGCGCGAGUGAAGAUGGGCCCGUGGAGCCUGAGACGUGGCUACUUGGAGACUUUGGCGAGUUCGACGGGGAGGAGCCGACACCUGAGGACGAUCUGGUGGCGUGCUGGCACAUUGCGGAGGAUGGGCGGCGGUUAUGGGGGUACAUUCCGCGAAUCGAAGCCGAGGCCGCCCUGCGCGAAGUUGAGCAGGCAGACAAAUGGAUCCCAGAGGACGGCAUACGCACCGUUGACGAGGAUACCGAGCGGAGCAAAUGGCUGGCGCAAUACCUUGUACACGAGCGCGUGCAACUCCGAGGAGCGAUCUCAGACAGGCAAAGCGACGAGCAGUUGACGCUGAGAGAGCGCGGGUCUGUCGCUGACCUCGGAGACCUCAGCGCGCGCAGCCCUGCGAACCGAGACCGGCCACAGAGUAAGGAGCCGAGUAGAGGGGAUCCUCGGAGAGGAGCUGGACCGGGUGGUCAGCCAGAGCCAGGCAGUGCGACUGACGCAGGGGAACCGGGAUUCGGAGGGUGCCUGCUCGUGCAGGUCGUUGAGCUCAACAUCCCGGAGGGAGUGCGGAAUGACAAACUGUCGGUCGGCGUGAUUGACGCGGAAGAACGGGGACGACAAGACUCGGAGUGCCUACUUGUGGAGUCAACCGAGCUCAGCAUCCCGGAGGAAGAGCAGGACAACGAGCUGGUUAGCUGUUGCCACCUCGACGACUGUGGACAGUGGAUCAUCGAGUCUCUUCCACGCGAUAAAGCGAAGAAGGCAGUCGCGGAGGCAGACCAGCGGCUGCGCGGUGGGUUCGUGCGCAGGUUGGAGACAGCUCGAGGUCACACCAUGCGAAGCCCAGCAGAACGAGAGCGACCGUCGAGCAUGGAUCCAAGUAUGGGGGAGGUGCAGAGAGAAGCUGGACCUGGUGGUCAGCUCGGCACUGCAAUCGACGCAGAAGGAUCUGGACUCUUCGGCGACUGCUUACUUCUGGAGUCAGCUAAGCCCAACGUGCCAGAAGAGGCCUGCAACAAUGAACUAGUCAGAUGCGGCCAUCUGGACGAGAACGGGCAUUGGAUCUUCAAGUACUUGCCAUAUGCCACAGAGGUGAUUGCUGAGACGAACCGGGACUGUGGCUGGGUCGACCGGGACGAACAUCGCACGCGCGGUUUCGGCGCGACUCGAGGACGCGGCGUAGAAGAUGAUCGAGCGGAUGGACUCGCGUCAUUCAUGUCGCAGUGGAUCGCUCUCGGUUAG